CGAUGGUCGCACAAGAAUGUGAUACAGGCUCGACGGCCGCCAUUUUCUUUCUUUCUUAGCAGUUGGCUGAGGGAAGGUCUCUGCGAAGAAGCGGCAGCGGCCACUGUAGCGUAGAUAUGGCCGACUACUCAACAGUGCCUCCACCUUCUUCUGGCUCUGCUGGUGGUGGAGGCGGCGGCGGUGGUGGUGGAGGAGUUAACGAUGCUUUCAAAGAUGCGCUGCAGAGAGCACGGCAGAUUGCAGCAAAAAUUGGAGGUGAUGCUGGUACAUCACUGAAUUCAAAUGACUAUGGUUAUGGGGGACAAAAAAGACCUUUGGAAGAUGGAGAUGGCUCUUGGACAAGUCCGAGCAGUACAACACACUGGGAGGGAAUGCCCUCUCCUUUUAAAGAUCAACCAGAUGCUAAGAAAGUUGCUCCUCAAAAUGACUCUUUUGGAACACAGUUACCACCGAUGCAUCAGCAGCAAAGCAGGUCUGUUAUGACAGAAGAAUACAAAGUUCCAGAUGGAAUGGUUGGAUUUAUAAUUGGCAGAGGUGGUGAACAGAUCUCACGCAUACAACAAGAAUCUGGAUGCAAAAUACAGAUAGCUCCUGACAGUGGUGGCCUUCCAGAAAGGUCUUGUAUGCUAACUGGAACACCUGAAUCUGUCCAAUCAGCAAAACGGUUACUGGACCAGAUUGUUGAAAAAGGAAGACCAGCCCCUGGCUUCCAUCAUGGUGAUGGACCAGGAAAUGCAGUUCAAGAAAUCAUGAUUCCAGCUAGCAAGGCAGGAUUAGUUAUUGGAAAGGGGGGAGAAACGAUUAAACAACUUCAGGAGAGGGCUGGAGUUAAAAUGGUUAUGAUUCAAGAUGGACCUCAGAACACUGGUGCUGACAAACCUCUUAGGAUUACAGGAGACCCAUACAAAGUUCAGCAAGCCAAGGAAAUGGUUUUAGAAUUAAUUCGCGAUCAAGGUGGUUUCAGAGAAGUUCGAAAUGAGUAUGGGUCAAGAAUAGGAGGAAAUGAAGGGAUAGAUGUCCCCAUUCCAAGAUUUGCUGUUGGCAUUGUAAUAGGAAGAAAUGGAGAGAUGAUUAAAAAAAUACAAAAUGAUGCUGGUGUUCGAAUUCAGUUUAAGCCAGAUGAUGGAACAACACCUGAUAGAAUAGCACAAAUAACGGGACCUCCAGACCGAUGUCAGCAUGCUGCAGAAAUUAUUACAGACCUUCUUCGAAGUGUUCAGGCUGGUAAUCCUGGUGGACCUGGACCUGGUGGUCGAGGAAGAGGUAGAGGUCAAGGCAACUGGAACAUGGGACCACCUGGUGGACUACAGGAAUUUAAUUUCAUUGUACCAACUGGGAAAACUGGAUUAAUAAUAGGAAAAGGAGGUGAAACCAUAAAAAGCAUAAGCCAGCAGUCUGGUGCAAGAAUAGAACUUCAGAGAAAUCCUCCACCUAAUGCAGAUCCUAAUAUGAAAUUAUUUACAAUCCGUGGCACUCCACAGCAAAUAGACUAUGCACGGCAACUUAUAGAAGAAAAGAUUGGUGGCCCAGUAAAUCCUUUAGGGCCACCUGUACCCCAUGGGCCCCAUGGUGUCCCAGGCCCCCACGGGCCUCCUGGGCCUCCAGGGCCUGGAACUCCAAUGGGACCAUACAACCCUGCACCUUAUAAUCCAGGACCACCCGGCCCUGCUCCUCAUGGUCCUCCAGCUCCUUAUGCUCCCCAGGGGUGGGGAAAUGCAUAUCCACACUGGCAGCAACAGGCCCCUCCUGAUCCAGCUAAGGCAGGAACGGAUCCAAAUUCAGCAGCUUGGGCUGCCUAUUAUGCUCACUAUUAUCAGCAGCAAGCACAGCCACCACCUGCAGCUCCUGCCGGUGCACCAACUACAACCCAAACCAAUGGACAAGGUAACUAUGGAGAUCAGCAGAAUCCAGCUCCAGCUGGACAGGUUGAUUAUACCAAGGCUUGGGAAGAGUAUUACAAGAAAAUGGGUCAACAAGGGCAGACACAAGAUUAUUCAAAAGCUUGGGAGGAAUAUUACAAGAAGCAAGGUCAAGCAGUUCCUGCUCCUACUGGUGCUCCACCAGGUGGUCAGCCAGAUUAUAGUGCAGCCUGGGCCGAGUACUAUAGACAACAAGCAGCCUACUAUGCCCAGACAAGUCCCCAGGGAAUGCCACAGCAUCCUCCAGCACCUCAGUGCCUUCCCAGACCUUCCACCUUAGGUUCUGCUGCAAAAAGCAACAGUGCUGAAGAUGCUGCAAGCACCAAAUCAUAGCUCAUAAAAUCAGGUCCUGAGAUAGUUACCCAUAAAGAGGAAUCCUUUGAGUGUAUGCCAUUGGUGAGCCGAUGAGCAUGGACCAUAGAAGGGCUCAAUGUAGAAGGUAAAAUUGGCAAAUCAUAAUUGAGAAAUAUGAAAUGUAUUCCCAUACAUAAUAUGGUAUAUAGGGUGUAAUGUACCUGCUUUUGAUCACUUUUCAUUUUAAAGUGCUAUUCGCUUGAUCUUAAAUGUUCCAUGAACUGUUAAAUCUUGUAAGUUAUGUAGUUAUUGCACCACAUUUAUGUGUGUGUAUAUGUAUUGUUUUGAUAGUCAAUGAUAGGUAUGUUAAGAGUGAUAAUAUAAAGGAGUUCUUCGAACCUUAAGAGCCUGUCAAGUUUUGGUUAGUUGUAGUUUGCAUUUUUAUAAAAUAUAGAUGAAUGCUAAUAGAUAUUGGGGCAUUGUUUCUUAUCUCAAGAGUUUUUUUAUUCAUUACCAUAAGCCUUCACUGAUACUGCAGUUUUUAAAAUGGCGCUAAUCUUAACCUUGAAAUUAAAUGGAAAGCAGAAAAGGUGAGCCAGUUGACUUGAAUGCAAUGGAUGUUAGGAGUGGUAGAAACAAUGUUUAGAUUGAAAUUGAACUGAUUUAUUUUAUUUAGCACUUAAAAAUUUGACAAUGUGUUUUGUUUUUUAAAGAUUUUAGUGUGGUGAUACGUAGAAUUCUUACGGUUUGAUGUUUCUUUUAGAAAUGAAAAGUAUUUUUAUUUUUAAUUAAUGAAAAUGGUUUUAAUACUAAAACUAGUGAUUUAAUACUAGUUGUUAUAAACAUUAUAAAAUAUUUCCUUAGACAAAUACCUUGGUAGUUAAUUCAUAAGGGUGGGUUUGGGUAGGAGUAGCAGAGUACCUUAAGAGGGAAAUAGGAGUAUAUGCAGAAGUGAUAACAUUUGAAUACUCUGCCAGGAGAACCAGCUCUACCUGCAAACAUCUGCUGUCUAGAAUAAGGAUGUAGAAAUGAUCAAUGAAGAUGUCUUUUUAUUUUCUGAAAAUUCUGCCUCAUUUUAAAAUGUAUUUUAACAAUAUCUAAAGAUAAUUUUGACUCUGAAAAUAAUCUUAUUUUUUGUUUAGUCACUUGAGUUUUCUUGCCACAGUAUAAAUUUCUGAGGGAUUUUUUAAAUUGGUGCUUUUAAGAAGCAAAUCCCAAGGUUUUAUUUUCUUCAAUGAUAGCCCUGUAGAAACUCUUAAAUGUAUUUGCGCAUAUAUAUAUAUUUUUUCUUAUGCAUGCUCGAUGCAUUUUCGUCCUGAGAAAAAUGUUCUCUACAGAAACUACCCGUGUGUAAAAAGAAGAUUGGCUUAAAAUGGCUACUGUGAUGGGAACAGUGUCUUAGGGAGAUGCAGCUUGGACUUGAGGUAAAUUGAAUACUUUACAAACUGUGGUUUAGAGUUUGUUUUAAUGACAUUGUAUGUAAAAGGGCACAUGAUUGCUGUAAUUUUGUAUUGAUUAUGGUUUCCUCAAUAAAAAAAAUAAAUGUACAUUGAUCAA